GCACAGUGAGUAGAGAGUACCAUAAAUCCUCCUCUUCUCACUUCUCACUUUCUCCGCAUUCAAACAACAUUGGCAAAUGAAUCUAUGGAGUUUGAAGAGUCGGUACAACUAGUCUUACAACCCCAACGCAACGUUGAGGAUGACAACCUUAACGCACCUGAUUCACAGAUUAUCAUUCAACAACAGCAACAGCAACAGGAACAAAAACAGCUAAAACGUCGUCGUUGCACUAAAGACCGACACACCAAAGUAGAUGGGCGACACAGGCGGGUCCGGAUACCCAUUACCUGUUGCCCCGGAAUCUUCCGACUGACUGAGGAGUUGGGUCACCGCUCCGAUGGCCAGACCAUCCAGUGGCUGCUCAGUCAGGUUCGACCUGACCUUGUUCUUUCUGGCCGUAACUCGGGCUCGUCGAACUCAGUCCCACCGAGUUUAACUUUACCCAAGUCCAAGUACAUGCCUGUGAAAAAGGAGGAAGAUGGGUUGGUGGAGCACAAGGCCUUGACUCUUUCCCCUAGACCCACUGUGAGAGCCACUGUGGUUCAGGCUUCUACAGUGUUCUAUGAUACCCCAGCAACUUUGGAUAAGGCAGAGAGACUGAUUGCCGGUGCAGCUGCAUAUGGCUCACAAAUAGUUGUGUUUCCAGAAGCAUUUGUUGGUGGUUAUCCACAUGCAGUGAUGUUUGAGGGUUUAACAGAUACCCAUCUAACCUGGGAAAACAAGCAGUUCCAAAUGUACUUUGCCUCAGCUAUUGAUGUGCCAGGUCCUGAGGUUGACAGGCUUGCUAAAAUCUCGGGUAAAUAUAAAGUUCACUUGGUGAUGGGAGUAGUUGAGAGAGUGGGAUACUCACUCUUUAGUGCCAUUCUAUUUUUUGAUUCCUUGGGCCGGUAUCUUGGAAAACAUCGAAAGGUAAUGCCUUUGGCAUCAGAAUGUGCAGUGUGGUGGUCGGGAGAGAAAUCAUCACUGAAUAUAUAUGAGACUCCAAUUGGAAAAAUAGGUGGCCUUAUCUGCUGGGACAAUAGAAUGCCUUCUCUAAGAACUCAGUUAUAUUCUAAAGGCAUUGAAAUAUAUUGUGCGCCUACAGCCGAAGCAAGGGAGAUAUGGCGAGCAUCAAUGACCCAUAUUGCCCUAGAAGGUGGCUGCUUUGUUCUAUCUGCAAACCAAUUCUGCAGAAGGAAAGACUAUCUGCAGUCACCAGAAUGUGUUUCUGGAGAUUCAAAUGGGAAUACAUCCAUGGAUACAAUCAUAUGUGCUGGAGGUAGUGUUAUUAUAUCACCAUCUGGGACCAUUCUGGCAGGACCUAAUUACCAAGGGGAAUCCCUCAUCUCAGCUGAUCUAGAUCUUGGAGAGAUUGUUCGAGCAAAGCUAGAUUUUAGUGGAAUUGGGCAUAAUAUUGGACAAAACUGUGUCAAUCAGAUUUCAGAUAUACCCAAUCCAAUUCGGUACAAAACUGCAGUGAAAUCUGAAGUUUUUGAUGAGCUGUGAUGGUGACAUAGUUGUGUAGAAAAAUCGAGUUACUGGAAUUAACUUCUAGUCUUCCUCAUGCCAAACAGCUAAUUUACUCUUUUGUAUACCUUUUGUAAUGUUUAGAAGAUGUACAAAGGUUGGCUAGCGGUCACCAUUUGUCAAAUUACGUUUGAAGAAUCAAACAUGUUGUAUAAUUGCUUCUUGGGCAAUUUUGGUGUUUAAACUUAAGAGUACGCCCGGGGAAUGUAUUAUCUUUCACAGUUUAAUGAAUAUGUUUAGUCCUAUA